UGAGUGAGUCAAGCAUGGACAGAUCUGAGGAUCUAAUCGCACCGUUCCAGUCCAGAGGGCUUUGAGCACAACAUCCCUGAGGCCACUGAGCGACGGCGUACACGUGGCCAGACAAACACAUUCUUACACACACCUGCAAAGAGAAAAAAUAUCUACGAGCAUACUUAAAUUGUGGAUAUUUAUCACCAAAUUUGUUUGUUUACUGCUUUUCUUUGUUUUGCUGUGGCCUGUUUGCGUGCUUGUGUGCAUGUGUUCGCGUGUGCACACGUUGUGUGCAUGUGGCCUUUGCCCCAGCUCUAGUUUCUACUCCAGCAUAAGGUUACCCACUGUAGUCCGUGAUAGAUUAGUCAUUCUGAUGCCAAUUGAGGAGGUAGCAGGAAGCUGCAGGAGUGGCAGAACCUGUGGAGGAAACGUUUUAUGUCCUGUUUUUGUUUUUUGCAGCAUAUUGCACACACAGGGUCUGUAGGCUUCUUGUGAGGAAAGGUAUUGGAGGCGAUCGAGAAUAAGAGGGUUUCCUGCUUUCUGUAAGUGCUGCUGAUAACUGGCUGCUAGAACUCCGCUGCUGACUCUGGUGACUGAGCCGCCUAUCUGUCCGUCUGUGUGUUAUCCUGGGGUCCCAAGGCUUUGCGCUGGCUGAACCGCAGCCAUGGAGGUGGCGCUGGUAGACUUUGAGAGCCUGGAUGAACUCAAUGGCAGCCUGGAGGAUGAGGUGGACACCGAUGCUGACGAGACCACGUGUCUCACGGUGGACAUACCCCCUGAGCACAGCAGCCUGGACAGCAACUACCAUCUGCGGGCCGCUCAGCGGUCCUCUACGCCCCCCCUCCACAGCUAUGUGUCCUCCUGCAUGUGGGAAUCCACCUCAUCGUCGCCCACUCCACAUACACAGACACUAGCAAUACCCCAGUCCCCAACCAUGCCAAGUCCGGGCAGACAGGGGCGCAGUAGCUGCGCCAGUAUGAUCUCCAACUGGAAAUUGCUGCUAAACAGUGAGGGCACCAAAGAGAGUGAGAAGAUCUUCAGCCGGCUUGCCAAGGAGUGCUGCGAGGAUUUGUUUGUAGAUAAACGAGGGCUGGAUGAUGGAGACCAGAAAGUCAUCAUUAACAUUGCCGGACUUCGUUUUGAGACACAGCUAAAAACUUUGGACCAGUUCCCUGACACACUAUUAGGAGAUCCUUUGAAAAGGAUGGACUACUUUGAUCCAAUGAGGAAUGAGUACUUCUUUGAUCGGAACCGACCCAGCUUUGAUGGGAUCUUGUAUUACUAUCAGUCAGGGGGCAAGAUCAGACGUCCAGCUAACGUUCCCCUGGAUGUGUUUGCCGAUGAAAUUCUUUUCUAUGAGCUUGGAAUUGAGGCCAUGGAGCAAUUCAGAGAAGACGAAGGAUUCAUUAAGGACGUUGAGAUCCCUCUACCUGAUAAUGAUGUGUAUAGGCAAUUCUGGCUGCUGUUUGAGUACCCAGAAAGCUCAAACGCAGCCCGAGGUGUUGCACUGGUGUCUGUAUUUGUUAUUGUCAUAUCCAUCAUUAUUUUCUGCAUGGAAACGCUGCCAGAAUUCAGAGAUGACACUGACCAAAUUGUGCCCACGGCAGUUCAGCCUUUCAACCAAUCUGCAUUUUACACUCCCGUGACUCCAUCUGGUGUGAAGCCCACAACUUUCUCUGAUCCCUUCUUCAUCAUCGAGACCGCCUGCAUUGCGUGGUUCUUCUUUGAGCUGUGUGUGCGAUUUUUGGUCUGUCCGAGCAAGAGGGAAUUUUUCCACAACCUCAUGAACAUGAUUGACAUUAUAUCCAUUAUCCCGUAUUUUGUUACUGUGAUCACGGAGAUGAUCACGACGCCACAAGAGAGCUCAGGACAGAACAUGUCUUUAGCCAUCCUGCGUAUCAUCCGCCUGGUCAGGGUGUUUCGUAUAUUCAAACUCUCACGUCACUCCAAGGGGCUGCAGAUCCUGGGACAGACCCUGAAGGCCAGCAUGCGUGAGCUUGGCUUGCUCAUCUUCUUCCUCUUCAUCGGAGUAAUCCUCUUCUCCAGCGCUAUCUACUUUGCUGAGGUAGACGAGCCUAACACACAGUUUGUCAGCAUACCUGACGGCUUCUGGUGGGCUGUGGUUACCAUGACUACAGUCGGCUAUGGGGACAUGUGUCCUAUUACCAUGGGGGGUAAAGUGGUGGGCACCUUGUGCGCCAUCGCAGGUGUGCUCACCAUUGCCUUGCCUGUUCCCGUCAUUGUUUCCAACUUCAACUACUUCUACCACCGAGAGACGGAAGCAGAGGAGAAGUUGCCCUUGACAGAUGCUGCUGAACAAGCCAUGAAUGCUGAGACAGAUAACAAAAUCAGUAGUAGAACCUCACUAAAUAAAGCCAAUGGCAUCUAGUAAAGUAACAAAGGGAAGGAGGACGUAAUUUACAGAAGUGGGACAUUUCCACAAAGCAGGAAAGACACAUUAAAGAAGAAGAGUGGUACUGUUGAAAUUAACUGCUCGGAUAUCCCUCGACUGAUGGUCUAAUGGGAUCAAUAAAAAGAAUAUAUGUACUUAGUGUUUUAUAAUAAUGUACAGGAUGUGCUGUACUUACCUCUUUUGUGUCUAAUAUGAAAAUGACACAUUGAAGUAGAGGAAUUCAUUAUGUUUAUAUUCAAGAUUGUAUGUCAACAUAUUUCAAGUCUACUUUGUGUUACAACUCUUCCUUGAGUUGCAUAGAAACAGGUCAUCAACAUCUCGCAUUGUCAUAAUUCAACAGUAAAUAAUGAUUGUUUAAGUUUCUUAUAUAAUUUUGGUUUAUUUUCAUUGUCCAUUGGCCAUUAACCCUGUUAUUUAGAACAUUUUUCCCACCGGCUUCACUGAGAUUUUCACAGUGCCUCCCGGGGUAGUAGACCAUAUUCACACAGUGGCCAUUUUCUUGUGACAUCACACCAAGGGUGAAAAAGCCUAAAUGUCCUACUGCUAAGCUCCAGGUUGCAAGACAUAAAUGGUAACUGGGAAAUGACUGAAUGCUAACACGAGCUAAUGGGUUAUCAUAUAUGUCAUUUCACCUUGAAGUAGGGCGCCAUGUCCAUCCAGAUUUUCAUCAUCAUCUUUUCAGUUGCUCAUCAACCGAGAAGCGGUGAAAUUAUAACUAUUUCUCAGAUUCCCUACGCUUUUAUGACCUGCAAUUUUGAAACACAGCAGCAUAACAUUAUCCCAGCAUUUUAGCUUCACACCCUGAGUAUGACGUCAGAGGAACAUGGCCGCCAUGUGACUGUAGUCUGUUAAGAAUAGGCCUGGGACAGGUUUAAACCAGUUGUGUUUAAUGAUAGUCAAAAAGAAAAAGUUAAAUUUGACAACCAACGUUUAUACAAUUACAGAGCUGCUACUUGUAAUGACCUUUAUGCGGAUGCCUCAUCAGAUAUUCAGGACGAUUCAUAGAUGAAAAAUGUGAGCGACAGGUUACAUUACUCUGAGCAUCUACAUAACAGUGUGUGUGUGUGUGUGUGUAGCAUCUGAAAAACGAUUUUGACUUUUCUUUGUGAACAUCGCUUGAGGCAAAUGUUCAGUUGGCUCCCAAUAGAUGCUGCCACUGUCUGCAAAUAACUGAUGGCCAACUUAUAGAUAGGUAACUUGUCAGGUUGUAAAAAAAAAAUAGCGGAAAAAAACCAAGCUCAUUUCUCCUGUAUGUGUUGUCAGUGAGUGACUUGUGUCUAGAUUGUAGCCCUGCUGUAUUUAUUUAUUUAUUUAUUUAUCAUGAUUCUGUUGUAUUUAUUCAUCCUUUUUGAUGAGUAGCUUGGGUAAGAAUCAUCCACUGUCAUUAGCAGUCUGACUCUACAGUAUGUAUUAUAAUGGAGUGCCUUAAUUUAUGUAAUGUUGAGAUUCUGCUGAAUUUGCCAUACAUAAUCUUACAGUAAUACCUACAUGUGUAUCUUGCAUAUAUAUAUACUCAGUAUUUUUUUGAUUUCAGCUCGGUUGAAAAUGUAGAAGUUGUAACCUUUCUCCAGUCUAGCACUUGUUUGUGAGAGCUAAAUGCAUUCUGACCUGGCAUACAAUUUAACACACACAGUGGAUCCUAUUUGUGUAUGAUGUAGAUACUAUGCUUCAAAAUUUGGGAUUUCACAUAAAGUAAACAUUUCAGUGACACCAUUAUCAGAAAAUGUACCAAGAAAGUGAAAGAGAGAAGGAAGAAGCCAAAGAUGUCUGCUGAAUAAAGGGGAUAAAGGGAACUUGUUUCAGGGCCAGGGGAUAUUAUAGGCCAAAAUGUCCCAUGAUCCAUUCUGUUUCGAAGGACUGAUUAUAAAUGUAGCUGCUGUAGCAGUGUGAUCUUCUAGUGGCACGUUUUAUAAAUAUCUAUUUUUUAACUUGUUUUCCAAGUAGAGAGAAAUCUUGAAAAGUGAAAAAAAAGAGGCGUGCUCAUUGGGAUCCAGGAAUAUAAUUUUAUCUGGUAAUAGCUUUAGCUCGGUGUCAUGUCUGAAUCUCUGGGUAAGCAUAUGUGUGAGCUCCAUGGUGAUGACGACAGUACAGAGUCAGUUUUUACGACUAGUCGAGCCACUCGUCUGUAAACUCACUGUUGUACAAGAAGUUAGGAGGGUUGCAUUGUCAUGGCUACAGCAGAUUUAUCACACCAACAAGACCAUUACACUGUAUUUGUAUUUGUAUGUAUGAUAACAUUUCAGUAUACAAUUUACUGUAAUGUACGCAAU